GUACCCGGGGGGUGCCGCGAGGCGGGUGCUGCGGCGCGGAGCCGAGCGGGCGGGUGGGGGGUGCCGCCGCGCUGCCGGGAUGGGUAACACCGUCGCCAGAGAGGAUUUCGAGUGGGUCUACACGGACCAGCCUCAUGCCGACCGCCGCAAGGAGAUCCUGGCGAAACAUCCAGAGAUAAAAGCGUUGAUGAAGCCAGACUACAACUUGGUCUGGGUGGUUGUGUUGAUGGUUCUUGCCCAGGUGACUGCGUUUUAUCUAGUUAAAGACUUGGACUGGAAAUGGGUAGUCUUUUGGGCAUACGUUUUUGGAAGCUGUAUUAGCCACUCCAUGACUCUGGCUAUUCAUGAGAUUUCUCACAAUAGUGCCUUUGGCAACAGCAAAGCAAUGUGGAAUCGAUGGUUUGGAAUAUUUGCCAACCUCCCUCUUGGUCUCCCGUACUCCAUAUCCUUCAAGAGAUACCACAUGGAUCAUCAUCGUUACUUAGGAGGCGAUGGAAUUGAUGUGGACAUUCCAACCAACUUUGAAGGCUGGUUCUUCUGCACCCGUUUUAGGAAGUUCAUAUGGAUUGUUCUUCAGCCUUUUUUCUAUGCGAUUAGACCUCUCUGCAUCAAUCCCAAACCCAUUACUCGACUUGAAAUAAUCAAUUUGUUGGCUCAACUUUCUUUUGAUGUUGUGAUAUAUUAUUUAUGGGGAGUCAAAUCCACUUUUUACAUGCUUGCUGGUUCAGUACUUGGACUUGGGUUGCACCCAAUUUCAGGACACUUCAUAGCUGAACAUUACAUGUUUUUAAAAGGACAUGAGACUUAUUCCUACUAUGGGCCGCUUAAUUUGCUCACUUUUAAUGUUGGCUAUCACAAUGAACAUCAUGACUUCCCCAAUAUUCCUGGCAAGAGCCUUCCACUGGUGAAGAAAAUAGCAGCUGAAUACUAUGACAACCUGCCACAAUAUAACUCUUGGAUAAAAGUACUGUAUGACUUCGUGAUGGAUGACACAAUCAGCCCAUAUUCACGCAUGAAAAGGCAAUUAAAGGGUGAAGUGAAGCAAGAUUAAACUUCUGGCAACCAAAAAACUUUGAAAUGUCUGCUUGCUUUAAAGUGGCUGGUAUUAGGUCUCUUGCUAAAGCUGUUCACCAGUGUCCUGAAUUAAGAUCUACAGCAACAUAGCAAUGCAUCCUUAAGGAUUUUGUAGCAGACUCCUACCAGCUAUAACAUUCCUCACAGUCCUCAGAUUCAUUGGUUUGAUGUGUCUAUGUUUGCCUAAGGAUCAGUGUUAUGUGCAUAAUGCUAAAUCACUUUGUUACAGAAUUUACUUUGGCAGGCGUUAAAUCUAUAUAAAAUAUCUGUCUGCCUCUUAAUAUUUUAAAAGUUCUCAAUGUAGUACACUGCCCACAACAUGCUAUUUAGAUGACUGUAGUGUUAAAAUGCUGUACCUGUUAAUUCUAACCUAACAUGAUUUGUUAACUUAAACCUUCUGUUGAACCUGUUUCCUAACUUAUGGGUGGAAGAACUAAAUUUGCACAGAAAUGUUAAGUCUGCUUUUGUUGAAAUAUGUAAUGUGUCAUUUGAAGCAUUGCUAUAAAGUUCUACCUUUUCUACUGAAAGUACCUUAAAGGAGCAAUCUAUCAGAAUGAAACUGGCAUCUUUGAGAUGGCUUGUGUGACUUCCUUGUAAAAAGGUGGGGAAUUCAAGGGUAUUGCCAACUUUGUGGGUCCCCACCUACUGCCUAAGCUGCUUGUGUUAGCAUAUAGCUUGUGCAGCUAGCAUUUAGAAUUGUAUUGUGUAAGCCACUAAGUAACUUAAUAUAACUGAUUAGGUUUUUCAUAGUGAAAAAAUCCUGUUACAGUUUGGGGUCUUCUGAUCUGCAAAGAAAAAUGAUUAGGCUUGUCCUAAUGGGUUCUGCUGUUACCAUGGUUUUAAAUGCUCAGUCUAAAUAUUUACACUCAUUUGGAAGUUUGGCUUAUAUGGAAAACUGAAUCAAUUGAAGCUGACACUGUUCUGGCAAACAAGGCUAGCUACAACCACUGAUGACUCUACCUAUUAGGCACAUUAGUCAUUUGUGUACACAGAAAGGUGUUGCUAAAUGAUCUUGGAUUUCCCCCCCCCCAAACCUACAGUAGCCUACAUGAACACUUGUCGUUCUUGCAUAUUAAAAUGUGGUGAGAGCACAGGUGGUGAUAUCAAAUUCCCUGCUUAAGAAGUUUUUCAAUUGUGAACAAAGAAUGGAUAGACUUGCUGAACACUGAAGAAUCUCUACAUACCUCAGCACAGUAUAUUUGCCUUCUAUCAUCUAAUGCAUUGAUGAUGGCUUUAAGCUGUCAAAGAUGGCUACAAAUGACCCUUAAAUCUCAAAUGGUGAACCUAUGGUAUGUUCUUCACUUAUCUGAAAGAUGGAAUUGAUGAAGGUGGAAGCCUUAGCUGCUGUCCACACUGGUCUGCUGUAAGUAACUUAAUUUUUAGAUGCCUUCAACUCCUGCAUUUUGGUUUUUUUGGAAGAAGCUGCUUGCCUGACAAGAAUGUGUUGGUACGUCUUAACCCUUGCGUGCUUGCAGUCCUGUUUUUAAUGUGUAUUUUGUUUAAGUGUGGGCCCUUAUCUGUGGUUAAGCAACAGAAAUGGUAUGGAAGUGUGCCAACCACUUAAAAAGUGACUUCAUCAUGAUGCCAAUAACAUGCUAGGUAGCCAGCAUAUUGCUCAGGGUAGAGUGUAAUGUCAAAAUAUAUUUUAUCCAGUAUUUUUACAUGUAAUUAAAAAGCAAAGAUUAAAGUAAUAUUGGGUGAA